CUGUAAAAGGUUCGAUGGGCUCCUAUAUAAGAAGGCGGGACGGACAGGCGUGUUCUCACUGCAGCGACUCGAUUCAUCGCUCCGGGUGGUUCUUUCAGGAGAGCUCAGCUAAAACAAGCAGACAUGGCCUUCGCUGGCAUUCUCAAGGACGAAGACGUCGCUGCAGCCCUGCAGGCUUGCCAAGCCGCUGACUCUUUCAACUACAAGACCUUCUUCGCCAAGGUCGGCCUGGCUGGCAGGUCCGCCGAAGACGUCAAGAAGGCCUUCGCUGUCCUGGACCAGGACAAGAGCGGCUUCAUUGAGGAGGACGAGCUGAAGCUGUUCCUGCAGAACUUCAAGGCCGACGCCAGAGUCCUGACCGACGCCGAGACCAAGGCCUUCCUGGCCGCCGGGGACUCC